AUGGCACGGAUAGGAGGGGUUGUCAUAUGGAGUGUAUCUAUUGGAAAUGGAAGUCCGGAUUACAGACCACAAGCAUCUUUCGAUUUGUUUGCUUUUGAUUCAAGGCUUUAUGCAUGUGAGUUACUUGAUAUAUCUUUACAAGUAUCGAAUUCCCCAUUGAAUGAUCCAAUAGAAUCGCCUCCCCUUGCACAUCAAAGUAACUUCAGAGGAAGUGUAUUCUUGACUAAAACACAAGCGAGCGGGUUCCUGAACAGAGUGAGACGUGCAAAUUCGCGUUUCCGUACAGAGGAAUUUGCCCAUGUGUCAGCGAAUUUGGAACGUGAAUGCCUGGAAGAGAAGUGCAGUUACGAAGAAGCCAGUGAAGUCUUCGAAGAUAACAUCAGAACAGAGGAAUUUUGGGAGAAGUAUACAGAUAUCAACCAAUGUGACAGCAACCCGUGCCAUCCAAGGUUUUCAACUGGACAGUGUGUUGAUUUAUUUCAAGACUAUAGGUGUCAAUGUAGAAUAGGCUACGGAGGGAGGAACUGCGCAACAAAGAUCUGUGUAUGUGGCAGUGUACCUUUGACGUCAUUUGCGUCCAAGUUUACUCUCGCUACCCCGAAUGAUCAAUCAACUAUGUACACACUUUUGCAAGCGACGUCAAGCAAUGAUCUUAUUUUAUUUCUACCGACAGACAUAAAUGACUGUAGUCCCGGACUGUGUCAGAAUGGAGGUAGCUGCGUGGAUUUGGUCAACGGAUUUAGAUGCGACUGCCGACCAGGCUACACGGGACAAAACUGUGAAACGCUGCUAAUUAGGCCGUGUGUGUCUGGUCCGUGUCAGCAUGGGGGAAGGUGCACGGAGCAUGGCGUUGAAUUUCGGUGUCAGUGUCCACCUGGUUUUAUGGGACUUAGAUGUGAAACGAACAUCAACGAGUGUUUAUCUAAUCCAUGUCGUAAUGGCGGUCUGUGUAUUGAUGGAAUUAAUCGCUACGAAUGCGCAUGUCAAGAUGGGUUUGACGGUGGCAGCUGUGAGCGACUUGUUGAUUACUGCUCACAAAACCCUUGUCGGAACGGUGGAAUAUGUACUCCUGUUGGAAAUCCAAAUCAACCUUUUAUGUGUCGGUGUCCCAGGGGUUAUACAGGCAAUUUGUGUGAACACAUUGUCGACCCGUGUGAUGCCGAGCCUUGUCAAAAUGGUGGACUGUGUUUGUCACGUGAAGGACAAUAUAUGUGUCGAUGUCCACCAGGUUUUACGGGGCAGCACUGUGAGAUUGACGCGAAUGAAUGCGACAGUGCUCCAUGCUUGAAUGGUGGUGUUUGUCAAAAUGAAAUUGGUAGAUUUGUUUGCAAUUGUAUUCCCGGAUAUGGAGGUGGAACGUGCAUGUCAGCUAGUGGAUCGUCGUCACUUAUAUUUUGUCUGUGUCGCCUGGGUUACAGUGGUGACCUAUGUGAAGUCAUUACAGAUCCGUGCGUGUUAGAACCUUGCCAAAAUGGAGCCAUUUGCUUGUCACGUGGUGACCAAUACAUGUGCGAUUGCGCAGACGGCUAUGAAGGUACUAACUGUGAAAAGGACAUGGACGAGUGUGCGCAAGAUCCUUGUUUAAACGGAGGGCGCUGUACAAAUGCAAUGGGAACAUUUAAUUGUGAGUGUCUGGUAGGGUUCGAAGGAGACAUAUGCCAGAUAAAUGUGGACGAAUGUAAUCCAAAUCCCUGUCAAAAUGGUGGCGUCUGUUUAGAUGAAAUUGACGGAUACAACUGCGCAUGUCAAGGCGGUUUCAGUGGAAACCAUUGCGAGAAAGUGGACUAUUGUUUCUCAGCUCCAUGUACAAACGGUGGGACGUGCAUGACAGCGCUCAGUAACGACUUCUCAUUUUUCUGCAUAUGCCCACGUGGAUAUACUGGAAAGCUGUGCGAGAUAAUAUCUGAUCCAUGUAUAUUAAAACCUUGUCAGAAUGGUGGCAUCUGUUUAUCCCAUGCCGAGCAAUAUAUAUGUCGCUGCCCAACAGGUUAUGAUGGACAACACUGUGAAAAUGACAUCGAUGAGUGUGAAAGCAAUCCCUGUCUUAACGGCGGCGUGUGUCAAAACCAUAUUGGCAGCUUUAGCUGUACCUGUGCUCCAGGAUUGGGAGGUCUUCGUUGUCAGACGAAUAUCCAGGAAUGUGAUUCAGAUCCAUGUCAAAAUGGUGGCACAUGUAGAGAUGGUUUCAAUCGCUUUGACUGUGAUUGCUUGCCUGGUUACAGUGGAUUCGUCUGCCAGAUAAACGUGGACGAAUGCCUGUCGAACCCUUGUCGGAAUGGCAAACCCGGCUUCAGUGGAAGUCUAUGUGAGAUUCGACAAGUGUGUUAUGGUGAUCCGUGUCAGAAUGGCGGAACCUGCCAAGAGGAAGAAGACCACUACAUAUGCCAAUGUAUAUCCGGUUUCACUGGUCAGCAGUGUGAAAUAGACAUCAAUGAAUGUCAGAGCAGUCCGUGUAGACAUGGAGGAAGAUGUGUUGACGACAUAAAUGGUUACUCGUGUGUGUGCGGCCCUGGAUUACAAGGUUAUAACUGCGAGGUGAAUCUUGAUGAGUGUGAUUCAAGUCCAUGUCUGAAUGACGGUACUUGCAAGGAUAGUUUCAACCGAUACGAAUGCGCAUGCCCGCCGGGUUUUGCGGGACCCAAUUGUGAGAUAAAUAUCGACGAAUGUUCAUCACAUCCAUGCAGAAAUGGUGCCAUUUGCAUAGAUGGGAUGAACUCCGUGCAGUGCACGUGUCGCCCUGGUUACAGUGGUCAGUUCUGUGAACUCAAGGAUGUGUGCUACGGCAACCCAUGCAAAAACAAUGCAUUUUGCUACAGAUCUGAAGAUACAUAUAGAUGUGAAUGUCAACCUGGUUUUGAGGGCAAGAGUUGUGAAAUUGACAUCAACGAAUGUAGAAGUUCUCCUUGUGAACAUGGCGGCACGUGUUAUGACAACGUCAACAAAUAUCUUUGCAAGUGUCCCGAUGGAUAUUCAGGUUUGAACUGCGAAGAAAAUAUCCAGGAGUGUGCUUCCAGUCCUUGUCAAAAUGAUGGAACAUGCCAUGACGACGUCAAUUCGUACAACUGUCGAUGCGCACCUGGUUUCGAAGGUGUUCACUGUGAAAAGAACGUAAACGAAUGUGAACUCUGGAAUUCACCCUGUGAACACGGUGCGACCUGUAUCGAUUCUGUGAACGCCGUCAUUUGUCAGUGUGUCGCUGGUUAUAAUGGUUCCUUCUGUGAGAAUGACAUCAACGAAUGUGAUUCUAACCCCUGUCAAAAUGGCGGAUCGUGUUUGGACCACGUGGCAAGCUAUUACUGCAUCUGUGAACUGGGAUUUGAGGGCGAAUUAUGUGAGAUUAAUACUGACGAUUGCUUGAGUCAUCCGUGUUUGAAUAAUGGUGAAUGCAUAGACGGCGUUGCUAAUUACACAUGUAAAUGUCCAAAUGGAUGUCUAGGGCCUCGCUGUGAAAUCAACAUUGAUGAAUGCCAAUCAUCUCCUUGUAACAAUGGUGGAACGUGUAUAGACUUCAUUGGUGGUUAUGGCUGUGAAUGUGUUAAGGGAUUCAAUGGAACACACUGUGAAAUUAAUAUCAAUGAGUGUAACCCUAACCCGUGUUCAAAUGGUGGUACCUGCUACGAUAUCGUAGAUGGCGUGGUAUGUGGUUGCGCAGCUGGCUACGAGGGGCGAUACUGCCAUACGGACAUCAACGAAUGCAGUAGUUUUCCGUGUGCAAAUGGUGGUAUAUGCCACGAUCUUAUUGACAAUUACAGAUGCCAGUGUUCUCCUGGUUUCGGUGGAAAGAACUGCAAGAUUAAUUUCGAUGAUUGUGAAAGCACCCCGUGUUUGAAUAAUGGUCGGUGUAUUGACGGUAUUAAUAACUACACAUGUGUCUGCCUUGCUGGUUGGCAAGGUAAUCACUGUGAAUUGGACGUCAAUGAAUGCGAGUCAGCUCCGUGUCAGAAUGGGCGAUGUAUUGAUAUCAUAAAUGGAUACCAGUGUCAAUGUUUAUCUGGAUAUUCAGGCGUAAACUGUGAAGUAAACAUCGACGAAUGCCUGUCUGUACCCUGUCUGAAUGGGGCAAUUUGUGUUGACGGCAUCGACUCAGUGAUUUGUCAAUGUGCGGAUGGAUACACUGGCAGGUUCUGUGAAAUCGAUAUAGAUGAUUGUAUGACGUCACCAUGUGAUAAUAACGGCACUUGUGUUGAUGACGUCAAUUCGUAUAUAUGCAUAUGCGCAUCAGGUUUUGAAGGUGAAAACUGCACAGUUGAAAUCGAUGAGUGUUCCAGUAGCCCAUGUGAACAUGGGAUAUGUUAUGACGAGAUUGAUGGUUUCACUUGUGAUUGCUUCCCCGGAUAUGAAGGAUAUACAUGCGAUAUAGACAUAUAUGAAUGCGAAUCUGAUCCAUGUGACAACGACGGACAGUGCAUAGAUGACGUCAACGCUUACAACUGUUCGUGUACACCUGGCUUUGAUGGCGAUCAUUGUGAAAUAAAUAUCGACGAAUGUCUGUCACAUCCCUGUUUUAACAAUGGGACGUGUAUUGAUGGUAUCAAUUACGUAACAUGCAAAUGUAAAAGAGGUUAUGGAGGUCAUCUAUGUGACGUUGAUAUCAAUGAGUGUGACAGUAAUCCCUGUCUGAACGGAGGAGCGUGCACUGAUGGACUGAAUUUAUAUACUUGCGAAUGCUUGGCAGGCUAUGCUGGACGGAAUUGCGAAGUCGAUUUUAAUGAGUGUGUAAGCAAUCCUUGUAAAAAUGGUGGAAGCUGUGUGGAUGAGGUGGAUAGAUAUAAAUGCGCAUGCGUAGAAGGUUUUGCAGGUAGCCUGUGUGAGAUCAACAUAUACGAGUGUAGUUCAAACCCGUGUCAAAAUGGCGGCGCCUGUAUAGAUGACGUCAACAGUUACAGUUGUAUAUGUCAUCCUGGUUUUGAGGGAUUUAAAUGCGAGCACAACAUUGAUGAGUGCUUAAUAAGUCCGUGUUUAAAUGGAGCAAAUUGCACAGAUGGCGUCAACGCCGUUAUUUGUACGUGUUCAGCUGGUUUUACCGGCAUAUUCUGUGAGCAGGAUAUCAAUGAAUGUAUUAGUAAUCCAUGUCAGAAUGGAGGUAAUUGUGAGGACCAUUUAGAUGCAUAUAUCUGUCAAUGUGAGCCAGGUUAUGAUGGUAUUAAUUGCGAACACAAUAUCGAUGAAUGUGCUGAUCAGCCGUGCAGAAACAAUGCCGAGUGUUAUGAUUUGGUGAAUGACUAUUUGUGUCUUUGUCCCAUUGGCUGGGCAGAUAAAAACUGUUCUCGUGACAUUAAUGAAUGUGAAAGCAGUCCGUGUGCCAAUAAUGGUACCUGCUUCAAUUUACUCGGACAGUACAUUUGUUCGUGUGCAGCUGGAUUCACUGGUGCUAAUUGCGAAACCAGAAUCGAUGUUUGUGCCAGUAACCCAUGUAAGAAUGACGGUACUUGUGAAGCUGAGUUUUUGACUUACGUAUGUCAAUGUGUCGAUGGCUUCAAUGGUAGUCACUGUGAAACAAAUGAAGAUGACUGUAAUCCUAACCCCUGUCUGAACGGCGGUCUCUGCAUUGAUUUAGUUGCAACUUUUUACUGUGACUGUGACCCUGGGUUCGCGGGGCAUAAAUGCCAGUAUGAUAUUGAUGAGUGUGAAGCCAAGCCCUGUCACAAUGACGCUGUGUGUACCGAUUUGAUAAAUAAUUACGCCUGUGAAUGCUCUUCCGGAUGGGGAGGAAAAGACUGUGAUAUUGACAUCAACGAAUGUAAUAGCAACCCGUGCUUAAAUAAAGGAGCUUGUAUUGACAAACUGAAUGGUUACACAUGCGCAUGCGCUGAUGGUUUCGCAGGAGAUGUGUGUGAAACUAAUGUUGAUGAAUGUGCUGACGUCACUUGUCAGCAUGACGGCACCUGCAUUGAUUUGGUCAACGACUUUGCUUGCGAAUGUGUUGAUGGGUUUACUGGAAGAUACUGUCAUAUUGACAUUAAUGAAUGUCAAAGUUCUCCUUGUCGAUAUGGAGCCUGCUAUGAUGCACUGAAUGACUAUCGCUGCGAAUGCAUUACCGGGUUCACAGGAAGAAACUGCGAUUCGAAUCUUGAUGAAUGUAUCAGCAGCCCUUGUCAAAAUAAUGCAACAUGCAUAGAUGGGUUCGACAAGUAUCAGUGCGUCUGUCAGCCUGGAUUCCGUGGCAUUCACUGUGAAGUCGAUGAGGAUGAAUGCAUGUCUUUCCCAUGUUUUAACGGGGGAAUGUGCGUAGAUUUGAUAAAUGAUUUCCACUGUCAAUGUCCGCUAGGAUUCGGUGGGAAGACAUGCGGCACCAAUAUAGACGAAUGUGCCACUAAUCAGUGUAGAUUCAACAGUACGUGUGUGGAUCUUGUUGGUGAUUAUACUUGCCUUUGCCAGGCUGGAUACACUGGUAGAGACUGUGAUGUUGAUAUAGACGAGUGUAACAGUAAUCCAUGUUUACAUGAUGGCCAUUGCUUGGAUGAUGUCAACAUAUACAGUUGUAUUUGUGAGGUCGGGUUUACAGGAUAUAACUGUGAAAUAAAUAUUGAUGAUUGCGAUCCUAAUCCUUGCAUGAACAACUCCGUCUGUCGUGACCUGGUGAAUGACUUUGAAUGCAUAUGUGAGGUAGGUUUCACUGGGACUGUAUGUGAUGUGAAUAUAAACGACUGCGUAUCAGAUCCUUGUAGAAACAGGGGAACGUGCGAGGAUCUUGUAAACAACUAUUACUGUAUCUGUCCUGAAGGUUAUGCGGGGAAGAAUUGCCAGUUGAACAUAGAUGACUGUUCCAGUGCACCCUGCAUGCAUGGCGGAACGUGCUUAGAUGGAAUAGCAGCUUACACAUGCCAAUGUCCUAUUGGAUUUGCGGGUUUAUUGUGUGAAAUCAACAUUGACGAUUGCUCACCGAACCCAUGUGAGAAUGGCGGCACCUGUAUGGAUUUAGUCAACGGAUUUUUUUGCAUGUGCAGACCUGGUUUUGUUGGAAGGAUCUGUUCCAAUAACUUUGAUAACUGUCAACCAAAUCCAUGCCGAAAUAAUGGCACAUGUGUUGACAGUACAAACGACUAUAUGUGCCUAUGUUCUGAAGGAUUCACAGGGAAAGAUUGCCACAUCAAUAUUAAUGAAUGCGCCAGCAAUCCUUGCGUGCACGGUACAUGCUUGGACAGUAUAAAUAGUUUUACAUGUAUCUGUCGCAUUGGCUACACUGGAUUCCGAUGUGCUCUUGACAUUGAUGAGUGUGAAAAUGAACCUUGUGAAAAUGGAGGAACAUGUACUGAUACUAUUGGGGGUUACCACUGUACCUGUGCUUUAGGUUAUGAAGGUCAUGACUGUGAGUUUGUCAUCGACGAUUGUGCAUCUGAACCUUGUAAAAAUGGUGGAAUUUGCGAAGAUUUAAACAUCGGGUUCAAAUGCACCUGCCCGUCUGGAUUUAAAGGACAAAUCUGUGAAAUCAACAUAAAUGAAUGUGUCAGCCAGCCGUGUAUACAUGGCGGCCUAUGUGUGGAUGAUGUGGACAGAUUCCAAUGUGUUUGCCCACCUGGGUAUUCAGGGAGCAGGUGUGAGUUGAAUAUAGAUGACUGCAGUGGCAAUCCAUGUCAAAAUGGAGGUUACUGUGAAGAUCGUCCAAAUGAUUAUAUCUGCCACUGUUUACCGGGUUAUACAGAUAAAUCAUGUAGCAAGGAGGUUGAUGAGUGUGCAUCGGGUCCUUGUGUGAAUAACGGCUUCUGUGUAGAUGAGAUAAACGAUUACACAUGUCAAUGUCUCCCAGGAUAUGGUGGUAAAAACUGUGAGAUGAAUAUUAACGAGUGUGCUAGUAGUCCUUGUAAGAACGGUGGGGCAUGCUUAGACAAGUUAGACACAUUCCAUUGUGUCUGUAAAGAUGGCUUUGAGGGUAGAUUUUGUGAAGCCAAUGUGGACGAUUGUGGAUUAUAUCCAUGCCAGAAUGGUGGCCAGUGUGUAGAUGGGAUAGACGAUUUCAUUUGUGACUGUCCCCCAGGAUUUGUCGGUAAAACGUGUGACUUCAACAUCGAUGAAUGCGUAUCACAGCCAUGUAGAAAUGGUGCUACUUGUAUUGACCGUGCAAAUGGAUACUUCUGUCAGUGUUUACCUGGUUAUCACGGUGACUGGUGCGAGUUGAACAUCGAUGAAUGCUCAAGCUCACCGUGUGCUAAUGGUGGUAUAUGUAUUGAUGAUAUCAAUGAAUAUAAAUGUGUCUGCACACCUGGCCACACAGGCAACAAUUGUGAGCAACUUAUACAUUACUGUAGUCGCAUUCCCUGUGCUAAUGGUGGCCUGUGCACCGAUUUACCCUAUGACUUUGUGUGCAAUUGUCUCCCAGGAUUUACCGGACGUGUAUGUGAGAUUGACAUAGAUGAGUGCUUAUCAGCACCGUGCAUCUAUGGAAUGUGUAUUGAUGAGGUCGAUGGGUACCAUUGUCGAUGUGGGCCGGGAUUUACUGGUCAAUACUGUGAAAGAAACAUCGAUGAUUGCGCCAAGAGGCCAUGUCAUAACAAUGGUAUAUGUGUCGACCAAGUAAGUGGCUAUACGUGUGUUUGUUCGCAAGAUUACACUGGUGGGUCGUGUGAAAGCUUUAUCACCUGUCGUAAUCGUCCUUGCGCAAAUGGUGGCACAUGCACCAAUGAGAUGAAGGAUUUUCUGUGCACCUGUCCAAGCGGUUUUACCGGUCGCUUCUGUGAAAUCGACAUUAAUGAAUGCGAGUCUGAGCCCUGUUUGCAUUGUGGCGUCUGUCUUGACACAAUGGAUGGUUACACUUGCCGUUGCAUGCAGGGAUAUUCCGGGGAUCACUGUGAAGCCAUGAUUGAUUAUUGUUCCAGUAGUCCAUGUUACAACAGUGGUACUUGCAUCAAGGAAGUUAAUGGAUAUUCCUGCGCAUGUCAACCAGAUACCGAUGGUAUCCACUGUGAGAUCAGUCCGUGUUCACGUCAACAGAACCGCUGUGAGAAUGGUGGCAAAUGUUUUUCUAAUGACAAGGCUGGAUUGUUGUUUUGCAGGUGCACCACGGGAUACACUGGAACUCUUUGCCAGUACCGUGAUAUUGAUGCUGAACUUCCUGUUAAAGUGAUAAAUUAUUGUGCAAGUUCUCCUUGCGAGUCUGGUUCAACCUGUGUGAACGAGAUCCACGGAUUCAUCUGCAAUUGUCCAGAAGGUUAUGCUGGUAAAGUCUGUCAACUACAUGUCUGCACAGAUGCCGCGUACUGUAUGAACGGCGGUACAUGUUAUUUACAAGGAAUUGAGAGUCAGCCAUCAAAGAACUGUCUAUGUACUGCUGGCUACGAAGGUGAUAGGUGUGAACUAAGGAAGGAACAGAGAGGAGAUAUCGAACUUUUUCUCGAAGGAUGGCAAAGCUAAUUCCAAAUCAAUCAAAUAAUUAGAUACACGAAUGACGCUUUCAAUUUAUUGUGUUAAUAGCAAUUAUUCGUGUAUCGAUCACAUUUUAUAUAAUGAUAAUUUUAGUAAGCUUUAUCGUUGGUUCUUCGUACGCUAAAUAUGCAUCUAUGAAUUCAUAUAACUUUCAUCGCCAACAAAUAUCAUUCAUUUGUUCGUAUUUGUAAAAUAAUUAAAUUUCACACAUUUCUU